AUUCAAGAUCACUGUUAAAAAAAAAAUGUAUCAGAACAAAGUUUUUUUACACACAGCUUUGCAACAAAGGUGCCACGGAGGCGGGGUUAUUGCGCAAUGGGAGGGAGUCAUCGUCCCUUCUCGCGAGAUGAGCAUCUGACUAGGCAGUAAAACACAGGUAGUGAACACAGAUGUUCGUUGUAAAGAAAACAGAACAUAAUCCUCUCCUAUAUGCUUUUCGUGCUGUACCCAGGCUCAGCAUUAAUCAACAUUGUUAUUUUAAAGCCAGCUAAGACAUAGCCACUCCUACUGAAUGUAGAGUAAGAGGAACUUUCUUUCCUCUGUCUCUCUCUGAAGUGUUUCUUUUUCUCUGUUGCUCCAAGUGUCCGAGUGCAUGAAAAUGGCAGAGGCUGCUAUUUCAGAAGACCAGCUUUCAGAAGACCAGCUUUCAGUGGACCACUUCAUCUGCCCAGUGUGUCUGGAUGUCCUGAAGGAUCCGGUGACUGUCUCGUGUGGUCACAGUUUCUGUAAGGUGUGUAUUAAUGGCUGCUGGGAUCAGGAGGAUCAGAAGGGUGUCUACAGCUGUCCUCAGUGCAGAGACACUUUCACUGCAAGGCCUGUUCUACACAGAAACAACAUGCUGGCUGAAGUGGUGGAGAAACUGAAGAAGAAGACUGUCCAAACUGAUUCUUCUGCUCCCUGUUACGCCGGACCUGGAGAUGUGGAGUGUGAUUUUUGCAUCGGGAAGAAACGCAAAGCCACAAAGUCCUGUCUGAUGUGUCUGGCCUCCUCUUGUGAAACUCAUCUGAAGCCUCAUUAUGAAGUUCCGGCAUUGAAAAAGCACAAGCUCGUUGAAGCCGUAACACAGCUAAAAGGGAACAUCUGUUCCAAACAUGACAAACUGAUCGAUAUCUACUGUCAUACUGACAAAAGCUGCAUCUGUUAUAUGUGCACUGUAGACGGACACCAAGGCCACGACGUUGUCUCAGCCGGUGUGGAGCGAUCGAAGAAACAGUAUGAUGUAAUAGAUGUGAAGAUGAAAUCAAACCAGAGAAUCCAGGAGAAGCAGAAGAAGGUGCAGGAGCUGAAACAGGCUAUGAACACUAUAAAGCUCAGAGCACAGACAGCAGUGGAGGACAGUGAGAGGAUCUUUACUGAGAUGAUCAGCUACAUGGAGGAAAAGCGCUCGAAGAUGACAAAGAUGAUCAGAGCUCAGGAGGAGACUGAACUGAGUCGAGCUGAACAGCUCAAAAAGCAACUGGAGCAGGAGAUUGCUGAUUUUCAGAGGAGAGUCACUGAGCUGGAGCAGCUUUCACAGACACAUGAUCACAUCCAUUUCCUCCAGUGCUUCCAGGCUCUCGGUGAACCUUUAGGAUGUGAAGAGAUGCGCUGCAUAUCGAUCAAUCAAAAUUUCUCAUUUAACAGAGUAGAUCAUUCUCUGAAGCAUCUGAAAAAGCAAGUUCUAGAAUUGUGCCAUAGUGAAUUUUACAAAAUCAAUCCACAUGUUGCAGCAGUUCGGCUGAUUUUAUCCUCAGAGCCAAGGACCAGACAAGAGUUUAUGAACUAUUUAUUUCAUCUGACUCUGGAUCCUGAAACGGCUCAUCCUUCCCUCAGUCUGUCAGAGUAUAACAGAGCUGUCACAGGCGGUGACCCGGAAAAACCAUACUAUGGAUAUUCAUGUUCCGAUUAUUCUUCAGAGAGAUUUAAAAAAAGAUUUGACUACUUCUGGCAGGUGUUGUCUAAGGAAAGUCUUAAUGAUUGCUGUUACUGGGAGGUGGAGCGGCUCAAUAACGGAUAUUUAGAAAUAUCAGUCUCGUACAACGACAUAUGCCGGAAAGGAAAUGGCCCAGAAUGUGGCUUUGGAUUCAACAAUCUGUCCUGGAGUCUGGUGUGUUCUUCUUCUGCUUGCUAUUUCUGUCACAAGAACAAUAAAUCUGAGCUCCAAGUUCCAUCACCUUCCAAAGUAGGAGUGUAUGUAAAUAAAAGUGCAGGAACUCUGGCCUUCUACAGCAUUGAUCUACACUAUAAUACAAUGAAACUUAUUUACCGUGUUCGCACCAAGUUCUCUCAGCCUCUGUACGCUGGGUUUCGGGUUGGCGUGAGAUCAACUAUGAGGUUGAAUAAUUGUAAUCCCUAUUACUGAUAACAAUGGUUGAUCAGUUGGAUCAAAGUCAAUCAACAUGUGCAUAUUUCUAACAUUUCAUUCAUAAAUUGUCUUCAUAUUUACAUUUAUUUAUAUAUAUAUAUAUAUAUCUAUAUCAUUAACCCAUGAACUGCUCAUUGGUAUAAAUGAAAUAAAUGUAAAUCACUCUGGAUCAGGGCAUCUGAUAAAUAAUAUAAAUGUAAAUAUACAUUGCAAAAAAGUAAUAACACCGAAUUGUUCUUACUAGGAGUACAACAGUAAACGUGUGUAGAAUUAGAGAGCUUCAUUUCAUUUAACCAUGCUUUUUAAUU